AUUGUAAAGUGGCUGUUCCACUGGAUGUCAUAAGGUGAAUGCACCAAUUUGUAAGUCGCUCUGGAUAAGAGCGUCUGCUAAAUGACUUAAAUGUAAAUGUAAAUGUAAUGGUUGUGGUUAGAGGGGAUGUUUCGGUGGUUGUCGUUCUUUGCGUUCAAUGAUGCCGAAUUCCUAGCUGCAGACUAGUAAUCAAUAUCAAAGACUUGUUCUUAUUCUGUUGGUAUCGAUCGUCUAAGAGUUUAACCACGUGGUAUGGUUAAAAGAUUCAGCAAUGGUCUACAACCUUUGUCCUCCUAAUGGAGAAAAACAUGGUCUGCAACCUUUAGACAUCUCGUAAUUGAGGUAAGCUCGGUCUGCUGAUCGAAAACCCGAGUGGGGUUUUUAUCUGGAAUGGCAGAAAAGGCUGUCCCAGGAUGUCUGACCCUAACUGGGCUCAGGGACGGUCCUCUGAUUUAGUUCAAAUCCAAUUCCCUUUUUGAGUUUACCUUCAUUAAACAGUCCAAAAUCACAUUGUAAAAUAGUGUAAACAGUAUCAUUCUCACUCAUUCAUCUUAUACAACAAUUAGAUGUAAACGUCAUAUCUGAGUCUAUUACAUAAACAGCGUUAUGGUAAUGUUGCCACACCGUCUCCCAUGAGCUUCCCCAAGUUGUGACAGACGGACCAGUUCGUUGCUGGAUUCUUCACCGAUCUUUUAUACUUUCUCUGGAACAUGAAAUUUGUUCGUACCUCAAGUUCUGUGAGGUGGAAGGAUUUCCUUGGUCCUCUAUGAAAACUUACUCUCUCUAGGGAGAGGGGGAUGGGUUUACUAUACCCAAAGAGGCCAACAUCAUGACAGUUGUUUUGAUCUUUUUUUUCAGUGUGCUUAGGUACCUUAUUUUACGUAAAUAAAUGACCAGAUAUUUACCAAGAAAUUACAUGGUUAAAUGGAAAUGACACAGUUCUAACCUAUGAAAUACGUGUUUCUUGUGGAUACAUUCAAUCUUCUUUUUUGCCACUUAGUCUGAGACCAUUUCAGUAAUGGAAUUUCUGAGGAUUUUACAGUAUUAUCACAGAGAUAUUUGUCCUUCUUCCUUUCUCAGGUACUGUUUCAUCAAUGAUGAAAACAACUUGCCCUCAAUUGAAACAAGCCCUGUAUCACUCCUGGUCCGCUGCUGCAGAUCUGUACACAACAAACACCAGGCAGGGCUGGAGAAACCGAUCAGUCCUCUUGAUCAUCUGUCUCACCUUCAGUCUCAUCCUGAGCUCCUUCCUCCUCCUCUACCUGCUCUAUGUCCUGCAGUACGGCCUGAUGGUGGCUGCUGGGAUAGCAGGCUCCUGUUGGGUGGCAGUGGGGGCCUCUCUGUUCCUCUCUAAGAGGGUGCGGUGCUUUGGGGUUCUGUUUGUGCUGUCUUGUGGGAUGAGGCAGGGCCGGAACGUUCUCAUCACCGCCGGGACAAGUUUGGUGGUUCUCAAGAACAUCCAGAACACGCUGGAGAACAUCACAGGGCUCAGUAGGAGUAUGGUGUGCAACCUGCAGGCCAAGAGGAUGUCCAUCGACACCACGCCGCUCUGUAACUACGUCAGGAUGUUGAGAUGGGUUGGCGACGUACUCCGAGCGUUCACAGACUUCGGCGUGGCGGAGUUGGUUUCUGAUCUGGAGGUCACGUCCAGAGGAGACUCUGAGAAGUUGAGGGAGAGGCUGGUUGAAGUUGAGAGGACUCUAAAUGGAACUGCAAAGAGCGUCUGGGACGCGGUGGACACGCUGUCCUCUGGAAGUCAGAGACUUUUCCCUGCCUUCAGUUUCCUCCUACUGAUGGGCUUCACAGUGCUGCACUUGAGGAGAUAUUGCCACAACAAGAAAUAUGAAAACGUGUACAUAACCAGGACAUUCAUACAUUUUGAUGAGAAGCAGAAGGCAGAAGGAAGGCCUCCAGUGCUCCCCCUCACACCGAAGGAGGCUAGACGCUACAUCACAAUCCCUUCCCCUCGACUCAGGGCCACGGAAUGGAAAGUCAUACUGAAAUUCAGUUUCCCAGUGUUCACCCAUUGUCUAGCCUGGGUCUUGUUCAUAGGUGUUGAUGUACUCAUGUUCUGGUUUGUUGAGGUCAUCAGAACGCGACUUCAUGAGCUAGAGCCAUUUCAUGUUCCUUUGAUUAUGAACAUAAACGAAGACAUGACCAUUAUUGGUGUCCCCAUUUCAGAGGAGAUCAACAGGAGGGAUUUCUCCUACCAGGUGUCCAUCUUUGAGAAGAGUUGCCUUCCUAAACCUAGAUUAGUACUCUAUGACUCCAUCCUGCCUCUGGUUGUGUUACUAGCUGCCCUUCUCAGCAUGUCCCUGAUGUCUGCCAAGCUCACACAGAUCAGGCUUGUGGUGUGUGAGCAGUUCUUCUCCACCAAAGCUGAGGAGAGGGUGGAGUUUCUGCAUGCUAAGAUCCUGAAGAAGAGAUCAAGAAAGGAAGGGAACAGGAAAGCUGAGGAAAGCAGUCUGAGAACCAUCAUCAAGAAGCCAGAUUUCUGGUGUCCAAUACUCUACAGACCACAGGAGUAUGACAACGUUCAGCAAACAAGCUAGACUUUCUGCUGCCACAGGAAGAAGUGAGAGACACACUUUUUUUGUUGAAAAUGUGAAAUGUGAGUUAUGAAACACAUUACAUUAUUUAACAACUCAAAUCUAGACUAAUGACAUGUUGUCAUUGUAAAUACAUACAGUAUUUCAGUUUGUUAAUUAAUGUACCUGUAUAAAUAAAGGUUAAAAAAAACACGUUUUUAUAAUAAUAAAAAUAAAGUUUAAAUGA